AUGCCGUCCCCGGGCUCGGGGGGAGACUCGCCCCCUCCGUACCCCGAGGGCGCGUACACGCCCCUAAGUGGGAUGUUCGGGGCCGAAGAGGGGCAGAGUGGGGACCCGUGGGCGGUGUCGGUCUGCGGGGGUCUGGACCGCUGGUCCCUGUCCUCGCUUCCCUCCGAGAAGUCCUCGGCGCCCUCCCAGGAGUUCAGGAGGCUGUCCGCCUGCGCGUGCGCCCCCAAGAGGGACAGCGGGGACCGGCUGGCGGCGUUCGCCUGCCAGUCCCUCCUCCAGCCGGCGCUCUCGGGCCAGGAGACGAAGAGCCAGCACACGCAGCUCCUCAAGAACAAGCUGGAAGAGGCCGUGCUGUCCUCCCGGGACCAGAAGAUCGUGGCCCUGGUGCUGACCCGGCUCAAGAAGGCGCAGAGGAUGCGGGAGCUGCAGCAACAGGCGGCGGCGGCCUGGGAGGAGCUCAAGCGCUCGGACCACAAAGUCCAGGUGACCCUGGAACGGGAGCGCAAGCUGCUGCUGCAGCAGAACCGCGCCCAGUGGCAGCGGGAGAAGGAGCUGGAGCUGGAGCAGGAGCUGGAGCUGGAGCAGGAGCUAGAGAAGACGCUGCCAGAGCAGCGGAAGCCGACCAGCCUGGAGCCGACCCGUCCCAAGAAGCCGCCGCCCGCCCCCGAGGGCCAGAAGAAGGUGCGCGAGGCCAACCUCAGCUCCCUGGUCAAUUUCCAGGCCCGCAAGGUGCUCAUGGACUGCCAGGUCAAGGCCGAGGAGCUGCUCCGCCGGCUGUCGCUGGAGCAGAGCUCGCAGCGGGCGCAGGAGCUGCACAAGGGCCUGGGGAAGCGCAGCCUCAGCGAGAAGGCGCAGCACGUCCGCGAGCUCAACCUCCUGCGGGAGAAGAACCACCACAUCCUGAAGCUGAAGGCCGAGAAGGAGGAGAAGUGCCACAUCGAGGGCAUCAAGGAAGCCAUCCGGAAGAAGGAGCAGAGGAUGGAGCAGCUCUCGCAGGAGAAGGAGGCCGCCUCCGCCGCCGCCUCCGAGGGCUUCCCAAAGGCCUCCAGGGCCUGCAGGCGGGACGGCGGGAAAGCGCCUGCCAGUGGCGGCUGCUACGAUCGCAUGGACGACGGGGAGGCCCCGCUCCGAGGCGGCUACUGAGAACCAGGAGAUGAUGUGGCGAUGCGAUGGGAUUCCUUUUAUAACCCGACUAUACGUGUGAGCAUUGAUUUUAAGAAAAUGUAUAAAAUAGCUGCGAUUUC